UGAGCGCGACGCGCGCGUUCCACCCCCGAGGGACGACGCGAAGCUCUCGGAAGAGGAUCGCCCUGAUUUUCAAGUCAUGAGGGUUCGUCGCGGAACGCUGGUCGCGUGCGGACCCGUUGACGUGUGAGCGUGAUUCGAUUAUCGAUCACGGAUCCGUCGGCGAAACGAAGAAGCGUGCACGGCGCGAGAAUGCUCGCGGAGGAAACGACGUGGAAUCCGAUUGCGAGGCACGGAGUUGGGACUGCGGGAAAAGGUGCCGGGGUUCGAUAGAUUGAUGGACCUGCCGACGGGAAUCCGAUCGCGUCGCAACCAUGCAUCUGCAUUUCGAGAAGAACAACAACGCCAAGUGCGACUGCAAUAUCUUGUCGCUCAGCUGGAUGGGAAAAGUGCCGGACGAGUCGCCGGAGGACGAAGGAUGGCAGCUCGAUCGUAUAAAUUACUACCAGGAAGGAUGGUUAGCCACCGGCAACGCCCGUGGCUUAGUAGGAGUGACUUUUACCACGUCGCAUUGUCGCACCAGAGCCGCGGAACUUCCACUCAGGGCGAAUUACAACCUCCGAGGGCACCGUAGCGAAGUAAUACUUGUUAAGUGGAACGAACCGUAUCAAAAGUUGGCCUCGUGCGACAGUUCGGGUGUAAUUUUCGUUUGGAUCAAAUACGACGGACGAUGGAGUAUAGAAUUAAUCAACGACAGAAACACACCUGUUACGCACUUCUCCUGGUCCCACGACGGCCGUAUGGCUCUUAUAUGUUACAGGGAUGGCUUCGUAUUGGUCGGCAGCGUCGCCGGUCAAAGGUAUUGGUCGUCAAUGCUCAACGACAAAGCGACGAUAACUUGCGGCAUUUGGACCCCGGACGAUCAGCAGGUCUAUUUCGGGACAACUGCGGGUCAGUUAAUCGUGAUGGAUGUUCACGGAGCUAUGGUGUCGGAGGUACAAUUAGCGGCCGGGGUUACGUCAAUGGCCUGGAGUGCCGAAAAGUUCACGAUGGAGGAGGAUGAAACGUGUGAUCGAUCUCAGAAAGAUGACCGGAAUUACGUGCUGGCUGUUUGUCUUGCCGAUGGCAACAUUGUCAUGUUGCGAUCAUUCGAUGACGUGUCGCCGAUUACGAUACGCAGUAAUCUGAAGCCACCCUUACACGCCGAAUGGAGCAACUCCAGGAAAUUGUUGGCUAUCGCCGGCACGAAGGAAUCGUCCGAGCAGGGUAGUUCGCAGGAAUACACGAAUCUCCUGAAGUUUUAUUCGGUCAACGGUACUCUCGUGUACACGACAGAGAUUCCGUACACGCAAUGCCCCGUAUCGGCAUUGACAUGGGGACACAACGACAGGCGGCUCUUCGUAGCGACUGGAGCGCGUGUCCAUGCCGCAUGGGUCUCCAGAAGAGUCGGUUCGCUUCAGCUGUUGUCGAGACUAGCGGUGAGAGCGGCUCUCACGAGGGAGUCAAGCGUUCAACAUCUUCCUUUACCGCCGCGAUUGAGAGCCUCGGUGGCUGCUCUUUUCGCUAAUACUAUACGAUGUUCGGUACCGGAACCAAGAGAGCUGCGACGCUUCGUGUCAAGGCCGCCGCCGGGAGGCAGCCGAUUGCAUUGCACCAUGCUCAGGCAUGCCGUAGAGCCUGUGCCAUGUUACACGCUGUAUCUGGAGUACUUGGGCGGUCUGGUACCGCUUCUGAAAGGCAGACGGACCAGCAAGAUCCGACCCGAAUUUGUGAUAUUCGACCCGCAAGGUCAAGAGACUCUGCAAGUAUUCGACGAUACGUCACAGUGCCCGUCAUACAGCGAUGGCUCGGACACCGAAAAGGACACUGCGGAUUUGUGCGGAUCGCCUCGCUACAGAAAGAAGAACAGGAAAAGAAGAGAAGAGAGGACGAGUGACGAAGCAAUGGAACGAGAGGAAAAGACAAACGAUCUUGCAUAUGUGGAUACAUUGCCAGAGCACGCGAGGUUGGUUGAGGUAACGUCGAACAUCUGGGGCACGAAAUUCAAGUUUCACGGCUUGGCAGAUUCGGUUCCCGCAAACCUAGGUCAGGUAACAUAUCGAACGUCGCUGCUGCACCUACAACCCAGGCAAAUGACGCUCGUGAUGACGGAGCUCCGGGACGAUUUGCCCUCUGGUCCAGAUCCGACGUUCAACCCCAAUCUGUUCUCCGAGGAUGAAGAGGAGUCGUACCAGGAGACAAGCUCGCGAGUUACUCCGGAGGCGCAACCGCCGCCGAUCGCACCGAUGACUCCUCGUAACGCUCGACUGAACCAUCCGAAUCGGCCGAAGUCUCAAAUCUCGAAUCAGUUCUUAACAACGGAGACUUUGCCGACGUCGCUGGGAAAAAUCGAGAGUUACGAGAGCGAGUACGUUCCGUACGUCGAUCUGCAGGACAUGGGCAAUCUUUACGAAAAUAUCAGAAACGCUCCCACGAACACCUAUCGGACACCGCCAAGGCACAAUCCGCCGAGGUGUUGCGACGUACCGGCCUUGCAAUCGCCGAAAAAUGCAGUCGCGCCCACGCAAACGUUAAUAGCGACUUCGAACGCGGGUGCUGAUUACGCCAGCAGCAUUCAGAGAAUGAAGAACGCUCUCGCAGAUCAGCAAGCUGGCAUAUCGACGAAGAAGGAAUUGGAGAACAAUAAGCUCAAUCAAAUCUCGCAGGACGACAAACCGUGCCUGACAUCGGCCUGUGCGACUAACAUCAUUUCUGUGUCUAUGCAAAAUGGCCAGGCCUUGAAUACGGAGGCGUCGAGCAGUCGAUAUAUCUCUCAAAGUUCGGUUUUGAACGGUCUGGAGAGUAUCGAUUGCGCCUCGGCGCAAACCGUGUAUCUGAAUGGUCUAAAUAAUAUAGGGUGCGCGAGCAACGUUUUGACCGCUUCGCAUCCUAUCAGCGGCGUCCAAACAAUGAUGUCGCCGAGCGCUCACACACAUAGUUUUGUACAUAGUAAAAAUAAUCAAAAUUCCGGGGCGAGUACGACGGGCGCUAAUACGACGCCUUCAAAUAGCUCUCUACUCGGACAAGCUUCGGGUGUAGUUCUUAAUAAGAACGGCAUACACGGAAUUGUUUCACCGGCAUGUUCCUAUCAGUUCCCGGAGAAUAUCGAUCAGUGCUUUGGGUCAUCGUGUUCGCAGUGUUUCUCAAAGCACAAAGAUCCUAAGUGCCACGUGUGCUACGGAAAGACAAAUCCUGGCUACGCCGGAGCUCUCGCUAACGUUAAACUUGACGAGGAUUUGAUGCGAUUUAGCGACGAUGAACCGCGCGAGGAUAUCGAGGGGUCGGAACAGUCGCGAGGCGUUCAUAGAACUUCCACAGUCAUUAGUAUCGGUCCGAUGUGCUCGAAUGACUCGAUAGUUCGAAGCUGUAGCGUCGGAUACUUGGACCUGGUGGACGCCCAAUUAGUCCCAUGUGACGUAGCCUUGCGAAUGCUGCGUAGAGACGCGCCGAAUAAGAGGCUGGUGUUGGUGUCGCGGAAAACAAAACGGCGGAAAAAGGCCAAACCUCAACAUGACGUCAGCCAGCCGAGCUCGAAACCGCCCAGACUCCGCAACUGUGGCAAGUCCAAGAGUCUCGAUUCCAGCGAUAUAUUUCCGAGUAACGAACAGAUAUCCUCCCCGCCCCAAUUACCGGAACAUGUGGAGGAGGCAACGGGGCUAGUCAAUUCCGAAGUUACCGAAGAUGGCAUGACAAAGCGCGCCGAAUCGACAGAAUUAUCGAAAGAUGAGAUUCAUGAGAUUGCCGAUAAACGCAUGGGAAGUAACGAAAGUAACAUUGUUCGCGAAGCUUAUAGGGAAAAGCCAUGUCGAUUAGAGGCUACUGCAUCUCCCGUCAAAGGAUCGAGUCCGAGUGGAUCCUUUGCUUCUUCGCUCGACGGUCUUGCCGCGAGACUUCGCGAUUUCGAUGAUAAUCAUUCUUUGCCUCCUCCUUCUCCUCGACCAUCAUCAAGAUUGCCGAGAAGCUCACCUAGUAGCCCGGCACCUUCUAAGAAAGGCAAGAGACCGGCGUCGGCCUCUCCAAUUCGUAGAAGACUCUUGUCAAGCCCGUUAUUGAAUAGACGAAUGAGAAAGAGUCGCGGCGAAAGCUCGGACGAGGAGGGUCUCCUCCAAGAUGAAUCGUCGACGGCGAGUUAUCGGGACCUAGAAACGUUCCAGAAAGCCCAGCUACGUCAGAAGCUCAAGCAGAGAGGAAUGGGAAUUUCUGGUUCCAAAUCGGAAGCGAUAAGGCGCGAUGCACAAUUGGUGAUGCACAACAAAGCGCCCAUGUGGAACGAGGCUAGUCAAGUGUAUCAACUUGAUUUCGGUGGUAGAGUGACUCAAGAAAGCGCUAAGAAUUUUCAGAUUGAAUUCAGGGACAGACAGGUGAUGCAAUUCGGAAGAAUAGAUGGCAAUGCGUACACGUUGGAUUUCCAAUAUCCGUUCAGCGCUUUGCAAGCAUUCGCCGUUGCCCUGGCGAAUGUCACACAGCGGCUUAAGUAACUGUUACUCUCCAAAACAUCUAAAUUAUAUGGUGAAAAAUAAUAAGAAGCUACAAAAAUGUCUGCAUUUAGAAGCGCGUUUAAGAGUGAAAGAAUCGGAAAGAGUUCUUGAUAAACAGGAAUGAAAGUUCGCAAGAUUUUUAAUCAUUACGAUCGCGUGAGGCAACGUCUGCUAGUCGCGAAAUGAAAAUGCCGAUGGACACAUUUUUGACGAUAAUGGCUGACCGAGUCGCUUAACUGUUUAAUUGUGUGUCGAUUCUAUCACGGCGGAAAGGAUCGAGUAAGUGGAAAUCGCUUUUGCGAGGCGUUUGCUGAAGUGGGCAAAUCGAUGUGCAAUGAGUUAAUGAAAUAUAUGCUAAUUUGCGAGUGCAGUUGCGAGCGAUUUGAAUUGGAGUGGAACACAAAGAUUUUGCGGCAGCUAUGUAACGUUUCGUUGAACGCUUCUUCGUCGUACCGUCCAAAAUAUUUCGUUUCUCCCAACUUCGAGCGCUCAUUUUUGUAUAGUUUAUGCGACACGUUGGAGUCUAGCGACGCUGUUAAAGGUUCAUCUCGUUCAUUUUUGCGGUCCGCCGGGUGUGUAUUCGAAUUUUAUACACAUAUACUAUAUAUUGACAGACUCGCACGUGCGGGCGACAGUUUCAUGUUGUUCAAUUAAAUGUUUCUCAACGCGUAUAGUGAAAAUAAUGAUAAUAAUGAUAACGAUAAUGAUAAUGAUAAUAAUAUUAAU